AGCUUUGAAACUACUACGUUUUUGUCAUAUCUACGACUAUGGAAAAUUAAGAAUUCUUGCAUUCUUAUUAAUAUAUUGAUAUCUGUGUUAAUUUUGAAUAAAAUACAUACUCAAAAUGCAACUACGUUUAGCCCUACACUCAUUAAGAAGAUCAUGGCAUAGUGCGCCUAGGAGACUAUAUGCCACAGAAAUAUCGGCAAACGAGAUUGGCGGCGGAACUGGAAUCGGAAAUAUAACAGGUGCUUUACGUAAAAAUGUCGAUGGGCUUUACACUGUCAAUCAGCCUUCUACAGAUAUUGUUACAAAAUUGCCACCAUUAACACAUCCUCUACCAAAUCUAGCCAAUGUGGAGUAUGCAAAACCAUUGGAGGAGAGUAGUGCGACCAAAGUGACUGUUCUGCCGAACGGAUUGCGUGUUGCCUCGGAACCUCGUUUUGGCCAAUUUUGUACCGUCGGAUUGGUUAUUGAUUCCGGUCCUCGAUACGAGGUUGCAUAUCCAAGUGGUGUUUCGCACUUUCUGGAGAAGCUUGCUUUUAACUCAACUACAAAUUUUCCAAAUAAAGAUGCGAUUUUAAAAGAACUGGAAAAAAAUGGAGGAAUUUGCGAUUGUCAGAGUUCUCGUGAUACAUUGAUAUACGCUGCUAGCAUCGAUAGCCGGGCUAUAGAAUCAGUAACGCGCUUACUGGCGGAUGUUACGCUAAGGCCUACUCUACAGGAAGAGGAAGUUUGUUUGGCUCGUCGCGCUAUUCAAUUUGAAUUGGAGACAUUGGGCAUGCGUCCCGAGCAGGAGCCAAUUUUAAUGGAUAUGAUUCACGCAGCAGCUUAUCGAGAAAAUACUCUAGGACUGCCAAAGUUGUGUCCGGCACAAAAUUUGGAUUCAAUAAAUCGUGAUGUUUUAAUGAAUUAUCUAAAAUAUCAUCAUUCUCCAGAUCGAAUGGUCAUCGCAGGCGUUGGGGUUAAUCAUGAUGAGUUAUUGCAGCACGUAGAAAAUUAUUUUGUCAAAGAUUCUGCUAUUUGGGAUACUGAGAGAAUCAGACUUACGGGAGCACAGGCAGUAGAUACGUCGGUGGCCCAAUAUACGGGAGGACAACGCAAAGAGGAGUGUGAAAUACCAAUAUAUGCAGCUGCAGGUUUACCUGAACUUGCUCAUGUCGUAAUCGGUUUGGAGGGAUGUUCCCACCAAGAUCCGGACUUUGUUGCUUUGUGUGUCCUCAAUAUAAUGAUGGGAGGAGGAGGGUCAUUUUCCGCUGGCGGUCCUGGAAAAGGCAUGUACUCAAGACUGUACACAAAUGUUCUAAAUCGAUAUCACUGGAUGUAUAGUGCCACAGCUUACAAUCAUGCAUAUGCGGAUACAGGACUAUUUUGCAUACAUGCAAGUGCACCACCUAAUAAUGUACGUGAUAUGGUUGAAGUAAUUACGCGGGAGCUGGUCAAUAUGACUUCAAGCCCAGGAAGAGAAGAACUAAGUCGUUCUAAAAUUCAGCUUCAAUCGAUGCUUCUUAUGAAUCUAGAAUCCAGGCCGGUCGUAUUUGAAGACGUUGGUCGUCAAGUUUUAGCCACAGGACAUCGAAAACGCCCCGAACACUUUAUCGAUGAAAUUGAUAAAAUUACUGCUGCUGAUAUUCAGAGAGUCGCCAAGCGUACCUUAUCGUCCCCGGUUUCUAUGGCUGCUCGAGGUGAUAUCGCUAGCUUACCGGACAUUAAAGAAGUUCAAAAUGCUUUACAUUACGACGGUCGUUUAUCAAGUCGCAGGCUAUCACUAUUCAAAUAACAAGCGUAACAAAAACUGACACUUUCAAAAAGUGUUGUCGUGUUAAACAAUAUACCGCCAUUUUCAAGUGAUUUCAGAUAAUUCGAUAGAUAAUAAACGCAGUGUAGAGUUCAAAAUGAA